AUGUCUUAUUUAUGUUUCAUUUUUGAGGAACGUGAAGCAGCUCGUAAACUUUAUAAAUCAAAAGCAAAUGAAAAAACAAAGAAACAGCAAAAAGGAGCUAAUACAUUUGUACCUGGUGGAGACUUAGCUAAACAACAACAGCAAAAAACAUCACGAUUGACCAAGAAAAAUGCAGAUGUUAUUAAGAAAGCUAUUUCAGAAGCAAAAUCUCUUGAAGAAGUUGAAAGAUUAAACGCAAUGUUACAAGCCGGUCAAAUGCCUGGUUUAAUGGAGCAACAUAAUGAUAAUUCAAUGGAACAAGGAAAUAUAUCUGAACAAAACACUACGGUGGUACAUGUUGCUGAUUUGGCACAUGCUCGAGCCCAAGAACUUCAAUCACUUCUUCAUGAACUCGGCCAUCGACAAGAUAAACAUCGGACUGCUCUACAAAUCCUUCCACGUUAUAUGCGUCGUCGAGCAGCAAGUUAUAAUAUCAAACGUUUACCACGUUCACUUCGUCCAUUAGCUGAUCCUAAAACAGGUACAGCUAAAACAAAACGACCAUCUCGUCGUUAUCGUCGUCGACCUCGAAAUUUACUUUCAUCAUAUACAAAUCGUCAAAGAAAAAUUAAAUGGCUUAAAACUCAUAUAUGGCAUGCAAAACGUUUUCAUAUGAAUACAUUAUGGAAUUAUCGUCUUGCUGAAAAAUCAAAUACAAAAUGUAUUCGACCAACAUAUAAAUCAUUACGUGAACGAUGUUUACUUCAUGAUAUGUCCUAUUAUGGAUGUAUUAAAUUAGAAGGCAAUGAAGAUGAAAUUAUCGACAAGAUCAAUCCACUUUUUCAUUCAUCAAAUAAUAAUUUAACACCAAAAGCUAAAAUGUAUCUUGGCGGACAAUUUGAAGGACAAUGUUUAAUUUAUAAACCUAAUACACAAGAAUGUUUAACACCAAUUAGUUUUAUGUGGAUGCCAUCAAAUGAUAAACGACGUAAACUUUGGCUUUGGUGUCAUCCAGCAUCGUAUGAUUCUCUUGCACAAAUACUUAUUUCAUUGUUUGAUACACCAUCAUCCAUAUCAACUGAAGAACCACCUGUAAAAAAACAGAAGAAUGACGAGCAACAACCAGUAAGUGUUACUUUACUACGCGAUCAACAACAAUUAGCUCGGUUUCGUUUAAUUGGUCCACUUUCAAUGGCUAUUCUUAAACAUGCAUUUCAUCCGAGUGUAUUACCUGGUAAUGCUAUUGAGAGAAAAACUGCACCAUUUUCUUGGUGGUCAAAUGAAACUCAUUCAAUUGAUAUACAUCAACAACAACUUCAAUUUUGGAAUGGUAAUAUUGGCAAUACAUCAACAAUGAUGCCUAAUCGAAUUGUUGCACUUGUUGUACGUGAUCCACGUAUCUUUACACCACUUAAACCUAAAUUAACUAUUCAUUCGAAAACAAAAAUUGAAAAAGUUGAGUCGUUUCCACCAUCAUCCAUUGAUCUUGCUAGUUCACCAUUAUGGAUUGAAAAAUAUCGUACAUAUUGUUGUGAACAUAAAUUAGCAACUUAUCAAAUUAAUCUUAUUCGAUCAAAAUCAACAGUUGAUAAUUAUGAAUUACAAUUAAAUGAAGAAGAAUCACAAAUUCCACUUAUAUUUAUUCAUCAUCAUGAUCUUUUGUCACCUAUAUCAAAACAUCAACAAUAUCGAAAUGAUUUUGGUAGUGGAUGGGAUAUAAUUUUACCCAAUGAAUGGGCACAAAUAUUUUGGAUCUCACUUGUUUAUAGUGGUGCUAGACCAAUUGGCCAAAAGGAACUUUCACUGGUUGCUCAUGAAACUGGAGAAUUUCAAUUUCCGCAAGAAUAUCCCGAUACAGAUGCAGGUAUUGAUUGGACAUCAAAAAUAGAAUCCGAACAAUUAACAUAUUUUUCAAAAUGUCCACCUUCGAAACGUCCGAAUUUUUUUCUUAAUGGUAUCGCAAGUCCAUUUCGUCCCUUAUGGUCGAAUAUUGUACGUGAUUGGGCAGUUGAAUAUGAUACAUCAAAUACUGUGAUAAAUUCCCAUCGAUUUUAUGUUUUACGUGAUCGACAUCGUCUUUCAUUAGAUAAUCUUCGACAACAUUUACAUUCACUUGUACCAAUUCGUAUCAGUAUUAAAGGAAAAAAAGGCAUUAUUGACAAUACAACAUUGAUCUAUUUACCGACUAUGGAUGAUUUGAAAGAUAAUAAGAAAACAAUAGUAGAAUCUCGACAUAGUGAUCGUGCUCGAAUAGAAGAACGAAAAAUGAAAAAAACUAAACAAUCAUAUCAAAAAGGUAAAACAACGGUUAAAUUAAUUGAACAACGAGCAAAUAAUAGUGAACAAACAAUUAUUCAUGAUUGUAAUCGAAAAUUAUUAGGUGCUAUUACAAGUGGAGCAUUUCAGUUUUCGAAAGCAUGUUGUACAGGCAAAGGUUUUAUAGCUAUGGGUGGUUUAUUAACUCUUUUGCAACAACAACAACAAAAGAAUGAGAAGAAACAAUCUCAACGUGUGUUAAUACGAACAAUAAAAUCGCAAUAUUAUCGAUGGGCAUCAUUAGAGUUUUAA